UGCACCUCACAUUGUGUGGUCCAAGAAUCACCACAGUUCCGGGCAAGCUGGACAUUCAACUCCUGCAGAUGCGACGAAUGAUGAGCUAAUUUUCAACAAAAACCAGACACAAGUCAGAGCACGUUUCCACUUAGUACGUCGUGGCGCUAGAUCGUCCAAGGAUCCAAGCAAACAUUACCUUCAUGCCGUUCUCCUUCUCCUUUCUUGGCUCCCUCUGAAAAAAUCUCCCUCCUUUGUUCUUCACAGUAGAGGCAUAUGUGAGAGAAUCCUGAAUAGGCAUGUCUCCCCUCCCAGUUUUUGUGCUCCUUUCAUUGAUUUGUCUCUGCAGAUCCGAUGAUCGCCUGACUCCUGCAAAGCCGCUCUCCGCCGGCGACAAGCUCGUCUCGAGCAACGGUGUCUUUGCCCUUGGCUUCUUCUCCCCCACAAACUCGACUGCGGCCUCAUACGUCGGCAUAUGGUACAACAACAUCCCCAAGCGGACGUAUGUGUGGAUUGCUAACCGCAACAAGCCGAUCACCAACGGUUCUCCCGGGAAGCUGGUUGUGACCAAUAACUCUGAUCUUGUGUUGUCUGACUCCCAAGGCCGCGCUCUUUGGACAACCAUGAACAACUUCACAACCGGAGCCACGGGAACUUCUGCUGUACUGCUUGACUCAGGAAACUUUGUCAUCCGGUUGCCCAACAGCACGGACAUAUGGCAAAGCUUCCAUUACCCAACCGACACCAUCCUCCCUGACAUGCAAUUACCACUGAGCGCAGAUGAUGAUCUCUACACUCGUCUCGUUGCUUGGAGGGGCCCUGAUGACCCAGCCACCAGCGACUACUCCAUGGGCGGUGACUAUAGUUCAGACCUCCAGGUUGUCAUCUGGAAUGGGACCACACCUUAUUGGCGUAGAGCUGCGUGGGAUGGCGCGCUGGUCACUGCCCUGUAUCAAAGCAGCACUGGCUUCAUCAUGACCCAAACAACUGUCGACAUAGGGGGUAAGUUCUACUUGACAUUCACCGUCUCCAACGGCUCGCCAAUCACGCGGAUGAUUCUGCACUACACGGGCAUGUUUCAAUUUUUGGCAUGGAACAGCACCUCAUCGUCAUGGAAGGCUUUCAUAGAGCGGCCUAAUCCUAUUUGUGACCGCUACGCCUAUUGCGGACCAUUUGGUUUCUGUGAUUUCACUGAAACAGCUCCGAAAUGCAACUGUCUCAGUGGGUUUGAGCCUGAUGGUGUAAACUUCUCCCGAGGGUGCCGGAGAAAGGAGGAGCUUACAUGUGGUGGUGGAGAUAGUUUCUCAACCUUGAGUGGCAUGAAGACACCCGAUAAGUUUGUGUAUGUCAGGAACAGAAGCUUUGACCAAUGUGAAGCAGAGUGCAGAAACAACUGCUCUUGCACCGCAUAUGCUUUUUCUAAUGUGAAAAAUGGCAGCACGUCUAGUGACCAGGCCAGGUGCUUGAUUUGGUUGGGGAAGCUUGUCGACACAGGAAAGUUUCGUGAUGGUAGUGGCGAGAACCUGUACCUUCGUCUAGCCAGUUCAACAGUUGACAAAGAGAGUAAUGUACUGAAGAUUGUACUCCCAGUAAUUGCUGGUAUUCUGAUACUCACAUGCAUCAGCCUUGUGUGGAUAUGCAAGUCAAGAGGCAAACGACGAAUCAAGGAAAAUAAGAACAAAUAUACAGGUCAACUGUCGAAAUAUUCCAAAUCGGACGAACUUGAGAAUGAAAGUAUAGAACUUCCAUAUAUUUGUUUUGAAGAUGUUGUUACUGCAACGGACAAUUUCUCAGACUGCAACCUACUCGGGAAAGGUGGCUUUGGAAAAGUUUACAAGGGACGGUUAGAAGGUGGCAAUGAAGUUGCUGUCAAAAGGCUUAGUAAGAGUUCUGGGCAAGGGGCUGAUGAGUUCAGAAAUGAAGUGGUUCUGAUUGCCAAAUUGCAGCAUAGAAACUUAGUUAGGCUUCUUGGUUACUGCACUCAUGAAGAUGAGAAGUUAUUGCUAUAUGAAUACUUACCUAACAAAAGCUUAGAUGCCUUCCUUUUUGAUACCACACGAAAUUUUGUGCUUGAUUGGCCAACCCGAUUCAAGGUAAUUAAAGGGAUAGCUAGAGGGCUUCUUUAUCUCCACCAAGAUUCAAGGUUAAAAAUAAUCCAUAGAGAUCUCAAAGCAAGCAAUGUCUUGUUAGAUGCGGAAAUGAACCCUAAAAUAUCAGAUUUUGGUAUGGCAAGGAUCUUUGGAGGAAAUGAACAACAAGCGAACACUAUCCGUGUUGUUGGGACAUACGGUUACAUGUCUCCGGAAUAUGCAAUGGAAGGUUCCUUUUCUGUCAAGUCUGACACAUAUAGUUUUGGCGUUCUAAUGUUGGAGAUUGUAAGCGGGUUAAAGAUCAGUUCAACCCAACUCAUCAUGGAUUUUCCCAGCCUUAUAGCUUAUGCAUGGAGCUUAUGGAAAGAUGGAAAUGCAAGAGAAUUAGUGGACUCGUCCAUUGUGGAGAACUGUCCACUUCAUGGAGUUCUGCGUUGUGUUCAGUUAGGUCUGUUGUGUGUUCAAGAUGAUCCAAAUGCUCGUCCACUCAUGUCAUCCACUGUGUUCAUGCUAGAAAAUGAAACAGCCCCACUUCCUACUCCGGAGGAGCCUGUAUAUUUUAGGAAACGCAAGUAUGUAAUUCAAGAUCAGAGAGAUAACCUGGAAAUAUCUCUUAAUGGCAUGACUAUGACGAUGCAAGAGGGGCGAUAAAUGUUUAGUUACAUUGUUUCCCUUUUUGUAAAAGUCUCUAAUUUGUACAAUUCAGCAAUUCAGCGAUCUAUGUUCUUACGGACAAACCAAUAGUUUAUGGAGUUGUAAUCCUCUUUAUGUGCUACUUUCAUAGGCGGUUUCGAUAUCUUGUGAAGUCCAAUGGUUUGUCAUUU